UCUUAUAUGAUACGCCUUCACUCUCCAAAAUAUCAAAAUCCUCUGCUUACAUAUUCUCCCUUGAGUAUCAUGAGACGGUCUUCGUAGAAUAACUCAUUUGAAAAUAGCGAGUUGAUGGAAAACAUGGGGGAUUCGACCAUAGGGCCGGGUCAUCCGCAUCUCCCUCCCGGAUUUCGGUUUCAUCCGACCGACGAAGAACUUGUAGUUCAUUACCUCAAGAAGAAAGCUGCUUCUAUUCCACUACCGGUCUCAAUCAUCGCCGAGAUUGAUCUUUACAAGUUUGAUCCUUGGGAGCUUCCAAGCAAGGCGAGUUUUGGAGAACAAGAGUGGUACUUCUUUAGUCCUAGAGAUCGGAAGUAUCCCAAUGGGGUUAGGCCGAAUCGGGCAGCAACUUCUGGUUACUGGAAAGCCACGGGAACCGAUAAACCAAUAUUUACGUGCAAUAGUCACAAGGUUGGGGUCAAGAAAGCGCUUGUGUUCUAUGGUGGAAAACCUCCUAAAGGGAUUAAAACUGAUUGGAUCAUGCAUGAAUAUCGCCUCACUGAUGGUAACCUUAACACAGCUGCCAAGCCACCCGACUCAACCACGUCAAGGAAAAACUCACUACGGCUAGACGAUUGGGUUCUUUGUAGGAUCUAUAAGAAGAAUAGUUCACAAAGACCAACAAUGGAGAGAGUAUUACUAAGAGAAGAUCUCAUGGAAGGAAUGCUCUCAAAAUCAUCUGCUAAUUCAUCUUCCACAUCGGUCUUAGACAACAACAACAAUAAUAAUAACGAAGAACACUUUUUCGAUGGUAUGGCCGUUUCUUCAGACAAACGUUCCUUGUGUGGUCAGUAUCGUAUAGGUCAUGAGGCCUCUGGAUCAUCUUCUUUCGGGUCCUUCUUAUCGAGCAAGAGGUUCCAUCAUACGAGUGAUCUCAAUAAUGACAACUACAAUGUCUCAUUUGUCUCAAUGCUUAGUGAAAUUCCUCAGAGUUCAGGGUUUCAUGGAAAUGGAGUCAUCGAUACGACGUCGACUCUAGCUGAUCAUGGGGUUUUAAGACAGGCGUUUCAGCUCCCUAACAUGAACUGGCACCCAUAAUCUACAUAGCUAUGUAUGUAUGUAUUUAUGCAGACACAAUAUAGUUGAUACAGUAUAUAGAUAAAUUUAUAUAUACACACGUGAUCUCACAUAUGUAUGCGUAUCUGUUUACGUCAAGAAAGGUCUAUACGUCUCUUUCUACUCCAUGGUUGCAAGAUGUAUACUAAUAACAGAAGCAGAUUAAUUACA